UGGUAGAAACCGCCCCACACUUCAUAGACAGAAGGACAGACCACCUUGUGGUCGCCGCCCUCAAUUCAAGCCAUCUAUGUAUAAAGCCUCUAUAUUUCCACAAACCCUGCAAAUAGGCCUUCCAUUCUCUGCAUUUCCUUCACAUAUUACUCACAUUCUCCUCCCAUUUUCUCUUCCACCAUGGCUUCCCUUUCAUCAAUUUCCUCUUCUUUGGCCACACUCCCUUCCACUCCCUGCAGUGCCCGGGGCUCUGCUCGCCAGCCCCGCAGCUUAUCUGCCAUUGUAAGGGCUACCCCAUUUGGGAAUUCAGUUGGGCUUAGGCUUGUCCCUAAGAUCAAGAUUACAAAUGGUGGAGUGAAGAGAUCAGUACAAGCUCCUGGUUGCUUCAAGACUACAAUCUCAUGCGAAGCGCAACCAGAGACCCUGCAGGCAGUUCAAAGCACCAUUGCCAAGCAGCUUUCCAUUGAAGAAAGCCGUCUCACUCCCGAAUCAAAGUUUGCUGAUCUGGGUGCAGAUUCUCUCGACAUUGUUGAGAUUAUGAUGGCUUUGGAGGAGAAGUUUGGAGUGGCAAUUGGAGAAGAAGGAGCACAGAACAUCCAUACUGUUCAAGAUGCUGCCAAUUUGAUUGAGAAAAUGAAGGCUGAUGCUUAGGCUAACUUUCAUUUUUGUAUUCUAAAUCCUGCCAGAGAUUUUCUCUUUUGCCAAACUUGAAAGAGGUUGUCAAGCUGCUUUUCAAUUUUCCUCUGUAAUGGAGACCAAAAAAUAAUCUAUGCUGAUGGUUUCAUUCA